ACUGGUCCGCUGAUAGAUUUAAGUAAAUCGUCAGUAACUUCCCAACACUCAAGUGAACUUUCUUUAAUAGCAUGCAAGGACUAAAGGUACCGCGUCUGUAAAAUGUCCAUUGUGCGCCAGAUGUCGCUUCGCUCGAGCAAUGCUCGGGGGACAUUAUAUUGCGUCACCAUAUGUUAUGAAUUGAUAAUUGAUAUGCAUGACCAACUGGCUAAGGCGAAAAGAAGUGACCACAGGGUGCAAAGUGCAGUGUAAGCGGUGUUUUGACCAGCUGUUUAUCAAAAACCCAGAUAUCGAUCGUGGUACAUUUCUAUGACGGGAUCUGAUACCUUAGGACGUACACGACAGGUGUUCGGAAGUUCGGAAAAAACUGUCUUUGCGGUUUGCAAUGAUUUGGAGCGGGAAAAUUUCAAUAUUUCAACAGGCUUUCCCGUCCCUCCUUGAACCCAUUGUCCUGUUUGCCUAACCCACUAUAACCUCUUUGGUCAAACCAAGGGAUUCUUUAACCUCCUUGGUCAAACGAAGAUACGGUGAUUCUUUGCCAAGAAAGACAACGGCUAGGUUUAACAGUCUUCCUUUGGCCUCGAAUGGGCAAGAGGCAGCGCCAUGGAUUACGAGACAAUUCUUAAGGACUACAUAGGCGAAUUUGGCCGUUUCCAGAAAAUCACGGCUUUUUGUAUGGCAGUGAUCGCGACUCCGAUGGGUUUCCACUCGCUGGCGAUGGCGUUCCUCGCCGCCGUGCCCGAACAUCACUGUCGGCUGAACGAUGUUCUCCUCCCCGAUGAAAAUUCCACUUUUUGGGCUGCGUAUCUGAGGCGUAUGAACGGCAGCGCUCCCCUAGAACUGGACGCAAAUGGGGAGUGGAAAUAUAGUAGGUGUGAGCAGUUCAACUUGACCAAUGCUUUGAGCGCUGCUACGGACAACAGAACCCUCCAACACUGUACAGACGGCUGGGUGUACGACCGAAGUCAUUACGGAACAAGCAUCGUUGCAGAAUUUGACCUUGUCUGUGACCGAGCGUGGAUGAGGGAGAUAGCUCACGCCAUCUUCAUGCUGGGCUUCAGUUUCGGCGGGAUUGUCUCAGGUGUUCUCUCAGACAGGUUCGGGCGCCGCCCGACCCUCCUGUGGUGCAUUCUCCUCCAGCUCAUCUUCGGAGUGGCCUCCGCCUUCUCUCCUAACUACGUCACCUUCGUCUUCACGAGAUUCUUCCUGGGGGUCCUGAACGUCGGGAUCUACUUUUCUGCAUUUGUGUUGGGCACGGAGAUUUUGGACCAAUCAAGGCGCACGAUGUUCGGCUUGUCUAUGGCACUUUUCCUGGUACUGGGGUACAUCGGGUUAGGCGUCGCGGCCUACGUCAUCAGGGACUGGUGGAAGCUUCAGCUGGCGAUUUCCGCUCCCUUUGUAGUUUUUCUCAGCUACUACUGGUUAGCCCCAGAGUCGCCCAGAUGGCUGAUGGCGAGCGGGAAGGUUGAGGAAACGAAGACGACAAUCAAACGUGCUGCCAGAAUGAACGGUGUUGUUAUCCCGGACAAGGUGUAUGACCUCAUCAACGGGAACAUCACCUCAGACCAGAAUACCCAAUCCACCGAGAUAACCGGACGGCGACUGUACAGCAUUCUGGACCUUGUGCGCACGCCAACUAUGAGGAAGAACACCCUCAUAACAGCGUUUACCUGGUUCGCUAUCAAUGCCAUAUACUUCGGCCUGUCCCUCGGUGCUCCUGAGCUGCCUGGCGAUCCCUACUUGAACUUCAUCCUAGGCUCGUGCUCGGAAAUAAUCUCCAUCUUGUUGGCGUGGUCCACUAUGGACAGGUGGGGGAGGAAGCCUCCCAUAAUAGCAUCCCUCAUUUUAGCAGGUGUAAGUUGCGGAGCAACAGCAGCUGUACCGAAAGAUUUGUGGCAAGUAUCCACCGGCCUGGCCAUAGUCGGUAGGUUUGGUGUGAGCGUGACGUACUCUAUCCUCCCGGUGUACUCGGCUGAAGUCUUCCCAACUGUUGUAAGAAACAUGGGGAUCGGCACAGUCUCCAUGAUAGGCCGAGCUGGCGGGAUCCUCGCCCCCUUUGUGGCUCUGUUGGGGAAGUACUGGGCUCCCCUCCCUCUCCUCACCUUCGGCGUCCUGAGCUUCCUGAAUGGAGUCGCCAUCUUGGCUCUGCCUGAGACACUGGGCGUCCCGCUGCCCAACACACUGGAGGAUGCUGAGAACUUGAAAAGUUUGGGAGAGAAGAAUUUGCAGAACACUGAGAAGAUCCUGUCAGAAGAGUUGCAGAAGACUGAGAAAAUCGAGAUCUAUGACAAGAUCACAGUUUUAUAAUUGUAUAAAGAUUCUGCAGGAAUUGGCAAGGAGUUCAUUUUCCCUCUCUUUAGGAGUCUAUAUUCUGUCUACAUGGUGAAAAAGUCACUACAUUAUCUUAGGCAAGAGGUAUCAAGAAGAGUUGGUUUGCAACAAACAAAACAAUUUGGCAAGUCCUGAACCUUAUAGCACUCUAGGCUAGAAAUGGCAGCAGGCACAAGAUAGAUAAUUAUGAUCAGUUUAACAAGGCUAUGUCUGCCCAAAAUAAAGAUUCAGACAUCUUUUGUUGAAAAGCCUUAGUUUAUUAUUUUGUAAACCUUUUAGUUACAUGUUGUGGGAGUAUCAAACACAUCUCAUACACUCAGUUUUUGUCAGACAUAAUAAUAUUUCACUUCCAUUAUUGCACAGUUCCUAAACUACAGCAUACAGCUUGGCAGAGGAUGUUAGCAAAUUGUCAAAGCUUUUUUUUUCAUACCAUAAAAACUGUUUUUGUGUGAGUAAUGAUUGUUGUGAAAAACUGACACCAAAAAUUAGUCACAUUGAAGAAUAUCCAUUACUGUGUACCUUAAAAGUACUGGUAGUUUGACACUCUAUACUUUAGUACCUAUUCUGGAAGUGGCUUCGUUACAACAUUUGAUUACAUUGUGUAUGAAAUAUGAUAUAAUAAACAAUUGUUAAAACAUGUCAUAUCAUUAUAUCACCACAUGUUCCACCAUUUGGGGUAUACCUGCAGUCUUUGUACUUCAAAAUUAGACAUAUCAAUCUUGAUUCUGGAUUUGCGGACUAAAAUGUAAUUCAUUUUAAGCAAUAACCUACGUCAGGUGAAUGUCACUAAAAUGCAUCUUUAAAUGUUCCAGUAACGCUAUAUACAAGCACUGACCCUCUGUCCGUAACAUAAAUACUUU